CCAUCCCUUACCCUCUCGCAAAUGGUCCUCCCAAUCCACCACAACAUGUACUCCCAUCCCCUCGCGUACAAACGCGCCAGACGCACAGCGACCAACGUCCUCGCAGGCGACUUCGACCCACGCCCAACUCGAGACGUCCUCACUAGCGUCCUCAACAUCGGUUCGUAUGCUUCAGAAAAGGACGAGGAGGCAAGGAGGCUGCGCAGAGAGGAGAAGAAGAAGGAGAAGGAGAAAAGACGCGAAAAAGUGGCGGCUGACAAGGCUCCCGAGACCGAUUCGGCCACCUCCGGCGCACCGCUCCCGCAGGCACCGCAGAACACGACCAUGCCCGCCCCACCCCCACGACAGAGUCAGCCCCAUUCGUUCUGGCGCUCCUCCAACACCUCCCGCGCGCCUUCCGACCGACCGACCAUCCAGAUUGCUACACUUCAGCGCCCGCGCUCCGUUACGCCCCCGCCCAUGCCGUCCUCACCGCAAUCUACCCCUGGGCCCUCGUCCCCUGGCGGCACGUCUCGUACCUCGUCUAAGCGGCCACACACGCCCGACGACGACGAAGAUCUUAACUCGUCUUUCAUGGCCUCGCUGCUGCCACGGCAGCGAAAGAAGCGAUACGCGGCGAGGAAGGGUUGGAAGGGAUGGGUGGAAGUGGACGAGGACGAGACCCCAACAUCCGAUAAGCUGAUUAAGCUGGAUUCGGUCUCUGUUUUGAAGGAAAGGCGGACACGCAGUGGGAAGAGCUUUGAUGCUAUCGGUCUUGGCAAGGACACCUGGGUGUAGCCGCCUGCUGGACUGGUGGGCACCGCCAUGCUUCCCGCAUCUUAUCUCCCGCGUUCUCGCCUUCCAUCUUUGAUACCUGCCCUAUCGUCUCACCGCUCUGGGUCGCAGAUAUCCGCUGGAUUCAACUUCUUCGUACAUCUCUCUUCGACCGUUCGCGUUUGUCAGUGUUUAUGGUUGCCUUGCUCGCACGUAUAUAACCUCUGUUUCUCAUCUAUCUCUCCUCACAAUCGGAUCUUUGCUUCCUCCUCAUCGUCAUGCUUUCCGUGGCCAGUUUCUCUGUACCUUUCGUCCUCUCUUGUUCUCUCCCCUCGUACCCAACUCUAUCUCGCCCUUAUGUUAAGUUUGCUUACGCCAACAGUCGCGCGCGCUUCCUAUUGUACGUUGCUCCAUGCACAAGUCAGUCAUAGAACUACACUAAAAGUACCACUCGAAUAUCAGUAUCAUCAUGACCAGUCC